AUGUUCAACUCGCCCGAGACGAGCAGCCUGACGGCCGCAGAGACCAAGGUCGCCCGUAAGUGGCGCGGGAAGCUCUUCUCCCGCGAAAAGGAGAUCAAGCAGUCCACCAGGGACGAGCAGAUAGACGACUUCCUCGCCUCCUCGCGCCCGCCCGUACGGCAGCCGCAGCAGCCAUUGCAGACUCAGACACUCCCGGCAGCGAGACUCCCGCCCAAGAUCGAUGUCUCCGUCUCGCAGCGUUGGGCCAAUGCUGCUCACUCUCCUGUCGACGCCAGCGCCGGCGUCUCCCGCAACAACAGCAACCAACACCGCAACUACAACAGCAACAACAGCAGCAACAAUGGGAAUGCGGCUGUGGCAGGUCCUGGAGGCCUGAAGAAGCGGAGAAGACGCUGCGAGGGCCUGCGAGUCAAGUUCUGUGACCGGCCGCCCGCGAUCAUGGGCGAGGGAGGCGAGGAGGCAGAGGAUCCGACCAUGGAGAUAUCGCUUUAUCGUGCACGCUCCAACUCGUCCGCCUCCCAGUUCACGGAUGGCGCAGACGGUGGCUCGUCGUCGGACUGCUCAGACUCCAACGCUCGCUACCACCUCGAUAACAGAGAGCCGACCCUGCCUUCCUUUGCCGUCUCGGGCCCGGAUGGGGAGAUGAAGAAGAGUGGCAGCCCGAACAAGGAGAGACAGCUGCAGCCGUCGCCGGACUUGCGCAAUGCGCAGAACUCGGACUUUCUCUUGUCCAUCAGCCAGCAGCCUAGAGGGUCCCGGCUGUCAUGGAGAGAUACCAGCGAAGAGAACUCGUUUGCACAGAGGAUACGGGCCAAGAUGAGGGAUGAGGAAGGUCUUGCGCUGCAGAAGGCUCGGGAGCUGGCGGCCGAGCAGGACCAGCAAUCCCAGCAAUCCCGGCAACCCCAGCAGCCCCAGCAGCACCAACACCAGCAUUCUCCUGAGCAGGUUUCCUCACGAGACUAUCCUAGAGAUCGCAGUGACAGCAACAACAACAAAGACCACGGUAGAGACUAUGACAGAGAGUACAGAGAGAGAGACCACGGCAGACGUGCCAGAGACGAACAGCACGAGAGAGACGCCGACAGGGGCAGUCCGCAGGAACCGGCUCAAACUGGCAAGACUGGGCUCUCUUUCUGGGGCAGCGUCAUGGCCGCCCUGCCAGAGGAGAACAAGAAGCAACAACAGCAGCAACAGCAGCAAAGACAAGGCCCUGACGGUUACUCUCCUCCUCGUCCUAAUCCCCCUACUAUUGCUGCUCCUCCUCCAUCGAACCCGAUUCUUACCAAGGUUACUAAACCGCCUUCUUCCUCUCCACCCCCUUAUGUUCGAACAGAAUCCAGACAGGCAGCCUACAAUGACUCCCCCCAGCAGCAGCAAUCGAACAGGCUACAACCUGAUAAGCCAGCUUACAUGGCCCAUCACCCCAAGACCUCCUCUGGCUCUUCAGGAAAACUCAAGAACAUGGCUAACAUGGUUGGAGAUGCUGCCCUGGCUGAGUUCUCGGCUUACGUCGAACGCUACAUCACCCUCUUCUCUCGUGCUGCGGAAAGCGUCAAGCCCAUCAUGGAGACCUCUCUCUCCGAGUGGGUGCGUGCCAGCGUCUGGUGGUUCAUCAAGGGCAGAGCUGAGCUCGAGGCAUUUAUGCGCUCCCGUCCCAGCCCCAACGCGGGCAAUGGAAGACAGUCGCCCGUUACCGAACAAUGCCAGCAGGCCAUCAUCAACCUGGCCAAGGCAUGGUGGAUUAACGAUCAGCUCGUGCCCCAGCACCCCGAGCUCGGCCAGUUUGGCAGGAUGAAGCCUGACGCCAUGAUCUCCAUGGUGCAGUCGAUGGGCAACGAUACCCUAGCAAGCCUCCUCAGCAUUCACCAGGCCAUCAUCAGCCAUCUACGUGCUCUUUCCAUGUCCAUGCAGCGUAAUAACAUCAUCCCCUCGUCUUCCGCGGCCGGUCAGCUUCCUACCCUCUCCCAGAACAUUGACUCCUCCAUUUGGAUCCGCUACCCCUUUUUCGCCCCUGGUAUAUCAUCUGUGCUGUCUGGUUCGGGCUCCAAGUCUAUGCUUAUCGACUAUUCGACCAAGAAGCCCGAUAUUGCCGAGACAAUGCCAAUUAGCGACACCAACCGCCAUUUCUGCUACGGUCGAAUGUUCGUCGAGGUCUGCCUGGGCUCCUCGGACGAUGACACCGAGCAAUACGCCAUUCCCUGCAUGCUCUCCAUCACCCGUGACAGGUCGGACUGGAACGUCAUUGCCACCCUUACCAGCCAGAAUGAGCUCGUCAAUCUGACCAUCCAGUCCGACAAAAAGCAGGGUCCCACCUGGGCCGACAUAGACUGGCAGGUUCGUCUACAGUCUCUCACCCUCCGCCUCCCUCGCGGAUUCGAGCUGGACAUCAAGUUCCAGGACGCAGACUUCAAGAUGCUCUGGAAGAUUGUUGAGUAUACGCGCAAAGUGCAAGCGGACAUGCAGCCUGCCGCUGGCGAGAGGUUGGUGUUUGCAGACAUCCUCAACGACUUCCAGUACACCGAAAGCUCCCCCAACAAGACAUUCCCUUCCGAACCCACCCAACGCUGCAGGAUACAGCUAUUCGAAAAGACUACCAAAAUCACCGAGGGAACAGGCACGCGUGAAUUUCACCGUGGCUUCCGCUUCUUCGCUGUCACCAGCCCCAAGGUCAAGACCCUAAGUAGCGUCACCCACACACUGGGCAACGGCUCCCCUAUCGUGUUUGGCUAUUUGCGCGGCGACGACGGUGCACCAGCGAUGAUGCUCAAGCAUUUUGAAAAUGGCGACGAGCACUCUAUGCUUCUCACCUUCCAGGACACGGAACUUCGCGCAAGCCUGCACUCCCUCCUCAUCGGCAUCACAACCAAAGAAUCAGAGUCUAAAUCUCCAGAUAUCGCCCUGCAGUCUUUCACGAUGAUACAAGGCGCCGAUCCGCUAGGCAAUUCCAGCAAUACUCUUAACUCCCGCAAGACCUUCCUCAAAUUUGACAAGGGCAAUGCCGCAGUCAUCAACGCGAGACCAGAUCAUAAACAUGGCGUUCCCAACACCGUCCUCUCUGAGAGUCUGCGAGUCUUCAUCAGUUCGAGCUGGGGUUCAGUCACUGAUAGGAUUAACAUUGGGCCUGGUGAUUUGAAGAUAAGCCUUGAUAUUAAUGUCCCCACCACGCUGAGCGUGAUGAGGCCGCCACAGGACGACUUGAGCGUGGCCGUGGCCGAGAAUAUGGUGCCGAAGGAGAUACCGGCGCAGAUGAAGGAGCUGCUUACCGUGUCGAAAAAGAAGCCCAUCAUCAGGAAGUAUAAUUUCGCGACACUGCAGGAUUUGCACCUUUUCCAACAAGGCAUCACAGGAUUCAAAGUAUUGUUUGACGGAUACGCUUCCAUGUUCGCCAUCGCCCGUCGACGCAUGGUAGUCCCCAUCUACAAGAAAUGGGAAGCCUCCGGGGCUCGUCUCCAGAUCAUCCAACAGGAAAAGAACGUCCAGCUAGUUGUCUUCCUAGCCGGCUUCAGCCACGGCCGAAGCAUGAAUUUUGUGCUCAAGAGCACAGAUAACUUUGAAAGUUUCAACCGCUCUGGUAAAUUCGGCAUUAAAAUCGUUGAUGCCAAGUUCGCGCUACCCAAGAAUAGCGAGGACGAGUCCGCUGAUUUCGUCUGUCUGGAUAUGCCGGAGUAUCCAGGCGAGCACGACGACAUCACCAUUGGCUUUGACUCGGAGAAUGAUCGGUAUAGUUUCCAAUCGGCAGUGCCUGGGUCAGUGAAGGAACCAUCUAGAAUGGGCUCACUGCGGAAAUAA